AAGCAAACGCCGUCCUUUCUUGCAGACCCUGCAGCAGUCGUGCCCCGACAGCCCCGUUGUGAUCCUUCGGGAUGUGCAGACUCUCCCAAAAGUGUCACCCACUGGCAGGCGCAAGCCCAAGACCACCCGUCUCAUCACCAAGGACUCCAUCCGUGACCUCAUCAUCCCUGCAGAGAGCCCAGCAGCGUCCCUCGUUAUGGGUCAGAAGGAUUUCCAGCGCAUUAAAGAAGCAGCUCGAGUCCUGACCAAGGAGGAGCGAGAGGCCAAGCUGGCAGCCCUCAGAGCGGAGAAGGAAGCUGUUCUCGAGGCGGUGAGCGAGCGCAAGAGCGCGGCGAAGCAGAAGGCCGCGCUGCAGCAGCAGGUGGGGAAGCUGAGCGAGCUGGAGGAGGUGGCACAGGAGCGGGCCCGGCACCUGGUGCAGCGGGCGAGCAGGAUGCGCAUGGAGCAGGAGGACGAGAUCAGGGAGUUCAGCGAGCUGAUCCUUGGUGCCAAGUGCCACAUGAUCCGUGACGCACAGAUCCUCGAGAAGCAGCUCAUCGCGAGGGAGCUGGAGGAAGAAGAGAAGCGCCUGGCCAGGAUGAUGGAGGUGGAGAGGAAAAGGGCCGACGCGAUGCAGGAGGAGCUGGAGCGCAGGAGGAAGCAGGAGCUGCUCAGAGGGAGGCAGGAGCUGGUGAAGCAGAUAGAGCAGAAUGCGGAGGAGCGGGCUCUGAGAGCCGAGCAACGGGACCAGGAGGCGCAGGAGGUGCGGGAGUACCUGGAGCAGCUGAAGAUGGAGGACCUGAAGGAUUUGGAGCGGAGACAGGAGCAACAGAAGAAAAUCCAGGCUGAGAUUAAACGCAUCAAUGACGAGAACCAGAGGCGCAAAGAGGAGCAGCGGGAGCAGGAGAGGAUGGCAGAUGAGCGGGUGCUUGAGUACCAGAGGCAGAAAAUGGAGCGUGAGGCCAAGUUUGAAGCUGAGCAGGAGAGAAUCCGCUGGGAGAAGGAGAAGGAGACGGCGCGUUUGAGGGCCAUGCAAGAGAGAGCCCAGGACCACCAGGCAGAGCAGGACGCGCUGAGGGCCAAGCGCAGCCAGGAGGCUGCCGAGCGAGAGUGGCGGCGCAAGGAGAAGGAGGCGGCGCAGAAGGCGGCCAAGAUGGAGCAGGUGCUGAAGCAGAGCCGCCUGGAGCAGGUUGCUCAGCGCGAGCACAGCAUGGCCGUGCAGGUGCAGCAGGACCGCCACGAGUUCGAGAGGAUGCUCAGGGCUCAGCAGGAGCAGAUGGAGAAGGAGGCGGUGGAGGAAGCACGGAGGGCAAGUCUGCAGCUCGCCCAUGCUCACGACGUCCGGCGCCAGAUGCAGGAGCGUCAGCAGCAGCUGGCACGGGAGCGGGCGGCUGCCUUCCAGGAGUGCCAGCGGCUGGAGGAGGAGGCCCGCCAGCGCAGCCAGCGCAUUGCCCAGCUCAAGCAGCAGAAGAUGCAGGAGCUCAGAGCCUCCGGCAUCCCCGAGAAGUACUGCGCCCAGGUGGAGCGGAGGGCCCGGAGCCUCACACUUACAGCCCCAGGCCAAGCUCAGCCCUGUGAGGAGCAGGGCUCCGGUUCGCCUCUGACUUAGGGGAGUCUGUUUUCUUAGGCUGAGUUUCCUAUGAACAGAGUGUUUAUGGA